GUAAGGAAAAAGUAACUCAAUUGCAUAAAUUUUUCACAUCUACUUCAAAGUAAUUAUUGUGCUAAGGAGUGGUUUCUGACAAAAGAUUUAGUGGAUAAGAGUUUGUUCAAUUGAGAUAAACUCUAAUAAAGAUCAAUAGAGAUUAAUGCAAUUGAAAAAAACUAAACAUCUUUAAAAAAACUUGGAGUUUGCAGUAUUUAAGCGGUUGAGCACUUCUUCGCAAUAAGUGUGCCCAAAGUGAACUUAAUCUACCGUUUAAACUACUAAAAUUAUGACAAAAAGUUGCUAACGUCCCAGCUGAAAUUUGUUUACACAAUUCGCGAUACUUCAAACUCAAGUCCAUUGUUCAGUUCGCUGCUUUGCAAUAAUAAUUUGUACGAUUCAGUUCAUUCUCAGACGCAGUUGGUGUGAGAUUAAGUCUUCGACUCUGAAUUCUCUAUUUAAAUUUUGAUAAAAAUGGAUUUAAGUACCAAAUUCUGCAUGAUUUUGAUCAUCACAAGUCUCUUCUUAAAGGAUCUACAAGUCGCAGCCAUCACGUCGAUUUUUUAUCUUAUGAAGUGUAUGUUUAUGCUAUUCCAAACAGACAGAAUACAUUAUGUAUACACAUUGCUAUUUACGCUUGCUACUGCUCUAUUCUUGAAAACGAUUAUUUCGGAACCAUGUUCCAAAUUCGAACACAAGUCAGUAAAAUUGUUUGUGGAAAUGAAUACCAUCCAGAUGCGUAAAUUAAAUGUGUUCCUCUCAGACAUAAUCUUGGUGUCAUCCCAAAUUGCUAUCAUAAGCCUUUGGAGACUAAACUAAUCGAGGUUUACGCUACAAAACAAAAAACACUUCAUGAUGUCUAAUGAGCCGUGAGAACUUUUCUUCAAUAAUUAGUAGUAUCUUUAAGUAUAUCUUUAAUGUACUUAAUUAAUUAUUUAAGUGAAUCAAUAAAAUGCUACAUUUAGUACUAGUUUAAUGCAA